AUGCAAAUAUUGAAGAAAUUUAAUUUCUCAUCAAUUAGUUUGUUCAAUAGAUCAUUUCUUUUCAAUCAAGGUAGAAUUUAUAAAAGAAAUAUGUCUGUUUCCACCAUUACUGAAAGUUUAAAAGAAUUGGGAUUAUCUCAACCUGAAUCUCUUGAAGGUACUUUACCUGAAUAUAAUGCCAUUGAUGUUUUCAGAAACUACAUUGCUGAUGAAUUACAUCGCAUCACACAAGUUGACAAAUCCAUUGUUAUUAAAGCUUUAGAUAGUUCCAAAGUUUUAGAGCAAGGUGAUAUUAUUGUUCCAAUCCCAAAAUUAAGAAUCAAGGGUAUUAAUCCAAAUGAAAAGGCUAAAGAAUGGGCUGAAAGUUUCAACAAAGGUCAAUUCAUUAGCAAUGUUAACCCACAAGGUGUUGUCUUGCAAUUUCAUUUUGAAAAAUCUGUUUUGUACAGAUUGGUUAUUGAAGAUAUCUUGAAGAGAAAAUCAGAUUAUGGUUAUUUACCAUUAGGUCUUUGGUAA